GAUUCUUUGACAUUUUCACGUAAGUUAAUACAAAAGCGGGUUAUACGAUUUAAGUAGGCUAUAUGCAGUAUCACGAACAAGUAUUGAAAUUUACAGUCUAGGGACGUUUCACCUUAAAGGUUGAUACUGGGUUGCCCCUAGAAAAGUUCAAUAAUGAUGUAGUUUUAACUGAUAAUUAUAACUUAUCUUUCAUCACUUUUGUCGGGAUCAUGUUAUUUAGAACAUCGAGAACACCUUCGGGAGACUUUUUAGAUAACCACUUUAGCUUUUGAUAAAGUUUAAGACUCCAAAAUCAUUAUUUUUCAGUUUUUGGUACAUUGAUUUGUGAUGGAAAAUCCAUGGGGAAUAGUGAUAGCCGUCGCAGCGUUUCUCAUUCAGUUCAUUACGUUCGGAAUCUGUCUUUCUUUUGGUAUCUAUGUUAUAGAACUACAAAAUGAGUUUGAUACGGGCUUAUCAAUAAUUUCUUCUGUCGGUUCAAUACAUAUUGGAUUUCAGUUGGGCUUAGGUCCGUUUGCCAGUUUUCUAAUGCGGAAGAUGUCCUACAGAAAGGUUUGUUUACUGGGCGCCGUUAUGAGCAGUGUCGGUCUCUCUGUUUUACCGUUUACUCCAAAUAUUCCAUACCUGAUCGCCUUCUUUGGAGUAAUAACUGGCAUUGGUUACUGUUUACUCUACCUUCCUUCUCACACUAUGUCUGGUCUCUGGUUUGACAAAAAUAGAGGGCUGGUUACAGGAAUCGUCACUUCCGGUUCCUCGCUUGGUGGCGUUGUGUUUCCACACUUGAUUGAAUUUCUGAUUGACGUGUUUGGAUGGAGAGGUUCGUUUUAUAUUCUCGCAGCAGUGAAUUUACAAACCUUGCUACUCUCUGGUCUACUGAGGGAAUCUCCCAUUCAACGAUCUUGGAAAAGAAUAAGAAAGAAGAAUAUUGACAAUGUCAAUGAUCUCACUGAUAGCACAAAGACAAUUUAUACAAUUGCAGAAAUAGGUGGAGACAUAAAUUAUCAAAAUGGGGCAUCAAACCACAAUUCUUCAGGUAUAGAUGUUUCUAAGAAAAUUACAAAACAACGAAAGAAACCACCGGAGGAAAAGUCAAGAGCGAUGAAACUAAUGACCAACUUGCCAUAUGUUCUUUACAUAAUAAAUAACCUUUUGUGGAAUUUUGGUGCUUCUGUUCAUCUACUUCUUGGACCAGACUAUUUUACAAAAGUUGGUCUUAAUGUAACCCAAGCAGCAUCACUUCUCUCCAUCUUGCAAGGCACAACGACCAUAGGUUGCGUAAUUGGUGGAAUUCUGGGAAAUCUUCGGAGUAUCAACAGAUGUCUUUUGUUCAUUGUUACAAAUUUCGUGUCGGGCUUUUGUCUCCUCGCUUUCACAGUACCGCUUUUUCACACAAUGGAAGCAUUCGCCUUUAUCAACUCUUUGUUCGGACUGAGUUUUGGGAUAUGCCUCGGUUUGUUGGUAAUCCUUGUGUCUGAUUUUGUUGGAAGUGAACUGAUCGGAGAAGGUAUGGGAUAUCUGACUCUAACCAGUGGAGUGGGGAAUUUUAUUGGACCACCUUUAGGAGGUUACCUGGUACAGACAACAGGUUCCUACAACAUGGCGUUUUACCUGGCAGGGGCGGCUACUCUGCUCAUCGGACUCGUCUUGAUGGUUGUUCCAAUAAGUGACUGUGUCCGGCGGUCCAAGACAUAUGUCAUAACAAUAAACGAGAAAGGGAAAUAAAAUACAAACACAUUCUCUAA